AUGAGUGAAAAUCCGACAAAUCCUAGUGAACAACCAGCUGAAUCGGCAAGCAUUGAAGCUACAAAAUCGAAAAAGUAUUUAUUAUCUAAUACUCCUAUAACUCCUUAUAAAUAUACAUUUUAAACUAUACAUCCAUCUUUUAGAAAAAGAAAUAGAAAUCGUAAAAAUAGUGUUAAGGCAGAACAAACUAGCCGGAAUGGAACUGUUGAAGAAACUACAUUGCCAUCUACUAUUUCUAUUCAGGUUUGUGUAUUUGAUUUUAUUAACCUAAUAAAAAUCACAGACAUAAAAUUAGUAUUAAUUAACUUAGUAGUAUAAAUAUGUUUUAAAAACACCCCAUUAUAAUUUAUUUGGUCUUUAUGUUUUUAAAUUGAAAUACAAAUAUUUCAACUUAUUGUACAUUAUUAGGUAAUUAUAUUGUAUUAUUGCUUAGAUUUUAUUUUAGUAAAGGAUCAAUUGUAUAUAUUAUAUUUCUAUAAUCAAUAAUUUUAAAUUUAUAAGUAGUAGGUAACUUGCCAUCCUUUUAAACUACUCCAUUAUUAACAACUUAUUAUCUAGUAUUGCAUUUAUAAUAAAUAAUAAAUAAGCUCAAUGGGCUGUACUUUACAACAUUUCUCUAACUUCCUUGGAUAAUUUUUUAAAUUUUCUUCGAAAACAAAUGUUUUUUUUACAUUACCUAUAAGACCAAAACAUCAAUCUUGGUAAAUACUACCACUUAGGUCUCAAAUAUAAUUAUUCGUUAUUUGCCAUAUAAUAGUCAUAUUUUAGAGCAAGAAUUAAAACUUGUUAUUGGUAUUGAUGGACUUGACAUUUAUAAAAGUACUUCUUUACAAUUUUGGCUUACUAAAGAUCAAAAUCUGAUCUUGUUUUUCCUGUAGGACUGUACUGUGGAAAUCAAAAACCAUUAGACAGCAAUGACUAUAGAGGUUGAUUAGUUUUCUAUUUAUGAAAAUCUAAAUCUGUAUUUUAUAACUUGUAGAUAAUAAUGGUUCAAUUUUACAGGAUAUUCAAAAAGCAAUGGAAGUUUUUUCACUUCAACAAAGAGCAGCUAAAACUCCCGAAGAGGCUUUGCAUAAACAAUAUCGUUUUUGGUACACUCAACCAGUGCCUAAAAUGAGUAAGUAAUAUUCAAGUUUUUUAAAGUAUUUAAUAAAAUUGAAUGCCUUUUAAUUUAUUGCUCAUAGUAAAUUUAUUUGGAUUUUACAUCAUGGUUUAAAAAACAUUUUUUAUUUUUUUUUUUUUUAUAUAUAUGUAGACGAAACAAUAAUAAACGAUGGUCCAAUUGAAGAGGAUAAAAUGGUAGAUCAGAUCAGAGUAGAGCCAUUUACUUUGCCUGCUGGUUUUAUAUGGGAUACUCUCAGUCUAGAUGAUCCUUUUGUUUUAAAAGAGUUAUACACACUAUUAAAUGAAAACUAUGUUGAAGAUGAAGAUAGCAUGUUUAGAUUUGAUUAUCAGCCUCAUUUUCUGAAAUGGUAUUUAAGAAUCAAAUUAUUUUUAUACCUAUAUAUUUUUUGUUGUUUAAUUAAUAUAGGGCUCUUCAGCCUCCUGGAUGGUUAAAAGAAUGGCAUGUUGGAGUUCGAGUCAUUAAAAGUAAAAAAUUAGUAGGUUUCAUUAGUGCUAUUCCAGCUACGCUUAAAGUCUAUGACAAGUAAAUUUUAUUUAUAUUUCUAAAUUGUAAUCAUUUAUAAAAUAUAAUAUUUAUUUACAUUUAUUUUUAGAUCUCAAAAAAUGGUUGAAAUAAAUUUCCUUUGCGUACAUAAAAAAUUACGUAGUAAAAGAGUAGCUCCGGUCUUGAUACGCGAAAUAACAAGACGAGUGAAUCAAAUGGGUAUUUUUCAAGCAGUGUAUACAGCUGGAAUAGUUUUACCAAAACCAAUUGGAACCUGCAGGUAAAAAUCAAUAACUUCUUAUUUAAAUUGAUCAUUUAAAAAAUAUUUUAAUAUUUGUUCAUAUUUUAAAUUUAAUUUCAAAUAAUACAUUUAAUAGUUGUCAUUUGUGAAUUUCAAUAAUCAGUUUAUGUCAAUUAGUAAGAUAUUCAGGAAUAAAUAAUAAUAAUAUAAUAACAAUUCCUUCUAAAAAAUAUUUAAAAUCCCACUUAAAUUUUUUUCUACCAUGUAUUUGAAUAUUACUUACUAAGAAAUAUGUGUUAUAAGUAAGGAAAAGAGUGCAUUUUAUGAAGAAAUAGAAAUAAUUUAAUGAGUUUACCAAAAUAUUGUAUCAAAAUGAUAGUUUGAGAUGUAAAUGCUCAAGUAGAGGGGAAUUGAUUAGACCGAUAAAUAAAUAGGAAAGUCUACACAAAGAAUCCAACAGUAAUGUAGGUUAGUUAAUCAAUUAAUUUCUUCUUGGUCUUGGCCAAAGGAGCAAAAAAAAUACAAUACAAUAGGGAAAUUGCGUGGUUAUUUUUCAGUUUUCCAUAGUACACAUAUUAUAUGUAUUUGAGAUUGAUGUAUACAUUUAAAAUUAAAAUUUUAACACUAUAAUGGAAAAUAAAUAUUGCAGUGUAUUAUAUAUGAAAAAAAAUAACCGUAACUAGCAAACGAAUAGUCACAAACAAAUUUAGUGGUAUCCAUUUUUUCAUUAUAAUAUGUAAUAUUAUUUAAGCCAAAAAAAACUUAUUGAAUUGGAUGGUUUUUUAAGGCUUGUCUAUAAUAAUAAUAUUGGUGGCAAGUUCACAUUUUAAUUGUUUGUUGGGUAAAUUUGAGAUUUUGUAGUGCACAAAAUGUGUUUAGUCCGCAUAAAAAUAGCCUAUUGGGAAUAAUAGUUUAUUAGCUUACGUUGACAGUAUUAUUAUCCUUGAUAGGUUUUUUUACGAGUACUAUUAAACUAAUAAUAGUAGAAAAAUGAUGUGACUUAUGAACUAAUGAAAAUAAGACAAAAUACAUUUUUAUUACUAGAUAGCUGACAAUUAUAAAAAAAACUUUUGAGUUGUGAAUACUUCUUUGUUCAAGUUGAAGAUUUUAAUAAUUUAGCGAUUAAUAUAAACUAAAAAAGUAAUAUACAUAAUGAAGUAAGGUUGAAACUUGUAUUAAUAAAUAGAAAAUAUUACACAGUGAAAAUUAAUGUUAGCAUAAUUUUCACUUAAUUUAGGUUACUAUCUAGAAAAACUAAAACGAAACUUUGUAUAUUCUAUUUACCCCCUAUGUUACACAUGCCUCUGAAACCUAAGUAACAAAAAAGACUAAGAAUUAAAACUCAAUAUUUGGAAGAAAAGAAGAAUAGACCCAAAUUAAAUAUGGAACCCAAAGUUAUGAAAAAUAGAAAAAUGAAGAAAUCGAAAACUUUUUUUUCUAAAGACCAUACAUACAAAGAUGGGAAAAACCAGCAUAAGAUAAACUAAUACAUUUCGUAUCAAUCAUCAUAAAGAAGCCAAAAUUUCAGUCAUGGUUUGAUAAGAUAAACAAAGAUAUGGAGAACAUGGGAAUAAAUGAAAAUUGAAAAUGCAGAUGAUUGAACAUAGGAGAUAAUUUUUAGAAGUGCUGAUAAACCUUCAUGGCCUGUAAGCCAAGAAGAAAAAGAGAAAAAAAAAACUGAACAAGUCUCAAGUAAAUUGUUAUUAAAUUUAAAGUGUUGAGGAGCAAAUUCGAUGAAACUGUUGUGUCAAAUUUUAGAUUCAGAGUGUAACGUAGAAUGUAUUGGUAUUACGAAGAUGUUUAUAUUUUUAUCUAUUACUUUUUCUACCAGAAAACUUACUUCAAUGUAUAUGAUGAAGACUUUUCUGGGGCUGGUACUUUGAGGAGGUCAUUUUUCGAUUUUCCUAAGUUUUUCCAGCAGAUGUGAAAAAACAGUUAAAUAAUUACAAUAUAAACAAAUAUUAUUAAAUAAAUACAUAAUGUCUAUUUAAUUAUUUUACCAUUAUAUGUCAUAUUGUUGUCAAAGCAUCACUUUUAACUGAACUUCGCUCAGAAUCGUUUUUAGUCAACAAUGGUUUAUUGUUGCUUACAGAUUCAAAUUAAUUUCCCAUCUAUAUCCUACCUUCCCAAUUUCUCACCAACAAUAGUUGCUGUACACAUUGAACCAAAUAUGUCUGUCUUUUUAACUUUUAAAAAUUUUUGAUAAUGAAGGUAUUAUUGUUUUCAUAUUUUCUAUUUUGAAUAAUAAAAGAAUUUGACAAUAACGUUGCCAUUUAAAAAGUUGAUACUUUAAAAAAAUGUUGAUAAAAAUGUUUAACACUUAAUAAUUAUUGAAACAUAUUUAAUAAAAAAAAAUGUAUGCCUAUUUAAGGAAUGUUUCAUUGAAUAUUAUUAAAAUUCGUGGAAUUUUAUGUUAUAGAUAUUGGCAUCGUUCCUUAAACCCCAAAAAGUUAAUUGAUGUUAAGUUUUCACAUUUGAGCCGUAAUAUGACUAUGCAACGAACAUUAAAGUUACAUAAACUACCUGAAUCAACACGUACUCCUGGAUUUCGUAAACUUCUUGCAGAGGAUUUGCCACAGGCUCGAAAAUUACUUUCUGAUGUUAGAAUGCAUUAAUAUAGAAGUAAACAAAUAUAUAAUUGUAUAUUAUUUUCAGUAUCUGCAAACCUUUGAUCUAUCCUCUACAUUUUCUGAAGAAGAAUUCAAACACUGGUUCUUGCCCCAAGAUGGCAUUAUUGAUGCUUAUGUUGUUGUUAAAGAUAAGAAAAUUACAGGUAUGCAAUAACUUCUAUUUUAAUAAGGUUAAUAAUAGUUAUGUAUUUUGGCAAAAAUUUUCCCAAAAAAAGACUAACUAUUGUCAUACUAUGUCUUAUAUUUAGUAAAACCUAUUCUAAGGGAGAUGAAUUUUUGAAAUUCAUUAAGGGUAAUUGUAUAAAAAGAUAAAUAUGUAUACACUAGGUUAAAUUCAGCUAUGUAAGCUAUGUAUAAUGUUAUAAUGUAUGUAUUUUGUACAUUAACGAUAUAAUAAUAAUAAAAUAAUAAAAUAAAAACAAAAUGAUUAAAAUGGUUAAUACUCGGAAAUAAAUGUAUGAAUGAAUAUAAAUGUGUCGCCUGGAGUAUUAUGAUAAGUAAACUCGAGUCUUGUUUUACAUUUUGACUGUGAUAUACCUGAUGAUGAAUUUUUAAUUCAAAAUCGUUUGUAUAAUACAUUUAUCAUUAUACUCCAGGCGUCGCAUUUAAUCAUUUAUUUAUUUUUUAUUAUAUAAUAAUUUUAAUAUGUAUUUUUAAUAAAUGUGAACAAUGCAUACAUAUAUAAAUACAAUUCAAUUUGGUGUAGACAACAGUCAGCUUUGUCUGUUUACAACUCUGUUGUCUCCGUAUAUUCUUACUAGUAAUUUCAUUUACCAAUGUUAUAGUUAAAGAGAAAAUAGUUAUGCUUUCUCUCAUUAUUAACAAAAUGAAAAGAUCUAUGUUCUUCACAGCCAAUGAGUUUCAAAAACUAGUAAUGUUAAAAUUUAAAGUUUCUUUCUUAUUGUCGGUCCCAUUGUGGUAUCAUCAAUUAUCGUUGUCAUAAGUGGAAACAAUUUUGUGCAAAUAAUUAAAUUAUAAUAUAUGUGUUUGCCAAUCAAUUGUAUGAGGGAUGAAAAUUAGUUUUGUAUUUAAAGUUCUUCGGGUAUUACUUGUAAGUCCUAAUUGUUUAUCGUAUGAUUGUCUCUGUGAGUGAAAGAGUGAAACAACUUCACAAAAGCACUUUUUUACAGUUUCGGGCUUGACAUCGGCAAAGUGUCCAAAUCAUUAAUAACGCUUAGAGUCACUAGCAUUUAAAUCAGCAACAGCUCUUUGUAGCAGUUACUUUAAUAAAGCUUCUUGAAUUGUUGGAUUAUUUCCUGAUUCAGAGGUUGACAGUGAAAUGUCAGGUUUUUGGAUGAGGGAAGAAAGUCUGAUAUUUUUCAGUUUUUGAUGGGGAUAAGGAACUAUUUUGUCAAAAAAAAUAGCACUUUUAAUCGAAUUUUGUAAACCAGUCUAUCAUAUUUAUUGUCAGCAUCCAGGACUUUAUUCCAGUUCUAAUCAACUGUGAAUUUAUUACUUUUUGAAAGCUUACUUUUGUUUUGAUUUACCUAUGAUGAUGGAAUUACAUUCAAAUUCAUCUCAUAUUAUAGCACAAAAACACAGUAAAUUGUUCUUUUGAAUUUCUUCCACUAUUACAUAUUUCACUUUUUAAAAAUGCCAAAGUUUUAUUUGGUAGAACUCCAAAAAAAUAUUUUUCAAUUAUGUUUGGUAAAAUCGUCUUGCAGUUAUCAAUAGCUGUUUUAUUAAUAGUUAUUUAAUAGUCUAUUAAUGUUUUUCGGAAUUUUUGAAAUCCCCUCUUUAAAUGUUAAAAUUUCUAGACAAUUUUUAAAAUAUAAUGUCAUUUUUUAGUUAUUUUAGAUAUUUUAUCUAAUGGGAUAUUUUGAUUAUAUGUAGAUAAAAAUUUUAUGAGUUUUUAAAAAAACUUAAAAAAUUGUACUUGUUAGUAGUUUGAGAAAAAAAAUAGAGUGUGAUGUCAUUAUUUAUUUUUUAUAAAUUGUUCACUUAUAGUCAUGAUAAAAUUAGAAAUUUGUUUUAAACAAACUAUGAAAAGUCUACUCUAUGAGCGCCCAGUUUUUUAAAUUAUUGUACUAAUUAUUAUAAAUGCUAAAGUUUUGUUUGGAUUAAUGGAUGUUUCUUAUCUCCUCACGCCAAAACUACCAGAUAGAUUGAGCUGAAACUAUACUUAAAUGUAGUUUUAGAUCAGGAAUAACAUAUAGACUAUCCCCCCCCAAUUUAGUACCUAAAGGGCUGGAGGGUUGUGAUAGUUAUUGGUAUUUUUGGUGCAAAAAUUAAAUUAUUUUUGUUGAUUUGAAACAAACUUAAUAGUAAAAAUUAUAUCAUUUGGCAUGGGAAAUGCUGUGUGAAACAACUAGUAAACUAUAAUUCCAUACACAAUUUUAAAAAAAAUUGGUAACUUAAUUAUAUUAUACUCAUAUGUAACAUAUAUAAAUUCAAUAUCUUGAUUUUUAAAUAGUUAAUAAAAUAUUUUUUAACUCUUAAAAGGUUUGGUGUUUAUUUUCAGAUUCAAUUUUUUUUUUUUUUUUUGUAAUUUUAUUGAAAAAAAAUUGUGUAGAUCCAAAAUUGUCACAGAAUGCUAAUUAUGAUGACCUUUUCUAAAUGUGGUAAAAUUUUCAAGGUUUUAGUUUUUCAGGUUUUAACAUAUAGUGUAUUCAGUAGUAACAAAAAAACAAAAUUAUUGUAUUUUGUUUUAUACAGCAAGAUUGACCAAGCGUACUUGCACCAAUUUUUUUGUUAAAUUUUGCAUGUAUUUAAAUUCUGAUUUUUGGAAUUUUUAAGUAUAGUUGUAACUGAUAUUUUUGAAUACCUGUUUAAUACACAACAUUUAAAGAGUAUCUUGUGGUGUUACCAACUUUGGUUUUUAAUUGAGAACCAAUAUUAAAAAUUUCAUAUAUAGAUGAAGUAUUUAUUAUACAUUUUUUGGUGUCUAAAUUUAUGAUUUCCGUCAAACUGUUAAUCAGAAAUCACACUUUAAAGUUUAGGUAGGGAGAGAGUAGUGAUGUAGUGUUAUAUGCCGCGAACCGUGUCGCAACAAAAUAAUACUACACAACUCUCCUCCAACCCAAGCUUAAAAGUGGAAUAUCUCGUUAACAGAUUGACAGAAAUUAAAAAUGUUAACACUAAAAUUUAUAUUAUAUAAUAUUUAGAUCUAUUUAUAGAACUUUUAAUAUACAUGGAAAUCAAAAGUAGGUAAUGGUUUUACUCUCAAAUAAUAUUAUAAAUAAAAAAUUGCGGAGUAGCUUGUUUUUUAAAUUUUUCAAAAAAAAAAACAAAUUCCGGAAAAGUUACUACUUUCAGAGAUAAUAAGUGUACCCCACUCAAAUGGAUCACCUAAUUUAACCAGAUUUUUUGUAAACUUAGCUAACCUCAGAUUUUCUACCUCGCUAAUACUAGCUUUUUGUAGAAACUCCUUCCUAACGACAUUGAGUAUUCAUUCUUAUUUUCUAAACUUAAUUUUUAUAUGCCUUCCCGUAUUACACUUUUAACUGCUGGUUUUUUACUUAGGUUUUAAUACCACUACUAUUUACAAACUCAAUAAAACAAUUAUUCACUUUAUGUGUAUUGCCAAUACCUACCCUUUCUUCUUUUCUUCCUAUUAUAUUUUGUAUCCUUAAGUGUAUAUUUUACUUUUACUAUUUUACUCUUAUUCAUACUAUGUAUAUAUUUUAUGUCAAACAUGAAUUUUCUAUAAAUAUGUUAAUGUUUUAGAAGCAAGCCUAGCAUUAUAAAUUAUAACAAUCCAUAUUGAGAUGUUCCAAAAAUACAUAGAAUUUGUAUCUGGAAUUUAAAAUUUGGAGAUUGGAAAAUAGUAAAUUUAAUUUAAAAUUUAAAAUAUUUUCAAUGUUCUUGUUAUUGUUGUGUUUUAUGAAUCAAUUCUAAAUAUUAUGGAGGUAAUUUUUUUGAUUUUUCAAAUGGUUUUCAUAAUAUUUGGUAUCAAAACUGGAGAAUCUAUAAAAAUAAUAUAGAGAAUGUUUGUAAUGAUUUGAAAUUUGGAAAGAAAAUUUGUAUUCACCUAUUUAAGACAUGUUAAAAUGUUUAAAUCAUUUGUGCCAUUUAUAGAUAGUUUAAUAUUGCAAUUUUUUUUUUUUACAAAUUUUUUUAUUAAAAUUUGACAUGGUUAUUAUAAGUCCUAUUUGGUGGUAAAAAUAAAAAAUCAAAUUUUAAUGAAAAUCAUAAAAUUGCGGUUUUCAAAACAUGUAUAUUGUAUAAUCCAAUUUGUCUCAGAAUUUUUUUUUGUUGUAUUGUAAAAACCUAAAUUAAACUAAAUCAUCCUACAUAUUGUACUAUUUUAUUUUCAUUCAUACAUAUAUUUGUUUUUAUCUAUAUGAACAAUUCAUAUUAAUUCAAUAUAAAUUAAACAAAAUUCUAAAAAUUUAAUAUAAUACUGUAAUACAUUUACUAUAUUAUUCCAAAUAAUUAUUUGUUACAGAUUUAGUUAGUUUUUAUACUCUUCCUUCGACUAUAAUGCAUCACCCUACAUACCGUACAUUGAAGGCUGCAUACUCAUUCUAUAAUGUAUCCACUCAAACACCUUGGGUUGAUCUUAUGCAAGAUGCACUGAUUUCAGCUAGAAAUGUCAGUUAUUCUAUUAUUUUUAUGUUUAUUAUUAUCAUCAAGUUAGUAAUAAUUUUAUUUUCUAGGCCAAUUUUGAUGUGUUCAAUGCCCUAGAUUUAAUGGAUAAUAAGGAAUUUCUAGAGCCACUUAAAUUUGGAGUUGGUGAUGGAAAUUUGCAAUAUUAUUUAUACAAUUGGAAAUGCCCUGAAAUUAAUAGUAAUAAGGUAAUUAUUUGAUUUUCCUCGAAUGUACAUAUUUAAAUAAUCAAAAUUCUCAUGUAGAUUGGCUUGAUCCUUCAAUAA